ACAUGUUAAUUUUUGGCAUUUCGUUAUCGCAAUUUUGUCAUUAUCAAAAUUAUUAUCACAUACAUAUUGAUGUUGUCGUUUCAUGGUGCAGCUCGUUCCAGUUUGAAGACCCGACGCAGAGACCGCCACGUGGGUACUCGAACAUCCUUGGGGGCCUACUUAGAUGGUAUUUCCCUGGGAUAGUCAAUUUCCCUACUGGUGGCUGCGACGUAGCUUGGAGGUGGGCGCACUACAGCCUCGCGGAAGAUCCUCUUGGCCGCGGCACCGCGGCGGAUAUGGUUGUUGCCAAAUUCUGGAAAUACUUCAAGAGGGCCGAGGGCAAGGAGAAUGCGUGCGAUGAUGUCCUACACCAGCUUGCAAGGAAGAGGGUGACUGGCAUGCACUAUGAGGCACGUAUUCAAUGCGUCCGCGACUGGCACACCGACCGCUUCGUCCACAUGAGUAAGGAGGACGCUCGCGACACGCUCAUGCAGCCGUGGCAGUACUUGCAGGUAUUUGCAUUUAUGUGUUAUUGAUUUCUUUAUCGCCAUGUAGUUUAUUUUACCAUAAUGGGUUUAUCUUGUGCAUGUAGAAC